AUAGUAAUAAAGAUGAAAAUUAUAAUAAAGAUAAUAAUGAAAUGAUAAAACGUAAUAAUAAAUCAUUUGGUACACAAACAAUUGAAAAAGUUGAUGCAUCAACAAUGACUGAUCCAUUGAGUAUUGAUAUUAAAUUAACAUCUGAAUAUUUAGCAAGAUGUGAAAAUUAUCAUAAUAAAUAUAAUAGCCAAGUUCAAUUGCCAACGAUGUCAUUUAUAAAAUAUGAUGAUGAGCAUUCAUCGUCAGAAACAUCAUCAUUAUCUCACAGCAGCCAUGACAUUAAGCCAAAAAUUGAAUAUGACAUUGAGCCAACAACAAGACAUGUAAAUGAUUGUUCCUAUAGCUUUGAAGAACAUCAUGGACUUCUUGAUGAUGACAAACAACGUCCUUAUAUUUGUGAUAUAUGUGGUGCUAGUUUAAAACGCAAAGAACAUCUUGACCGUCAUAAACAAGGACACAAUAAAGACAGACCUUAUCAGUGUUCAAUGUGUUCAAAGGCUUUCAAAAGAAAUGAACAUCUUGCACGUCAUAUGAUUAUUCAUUCAGGAAGUAAAAAUCAAAUAUGUACACAAUGUGGAAAGGCAUUUUAUCGUAAAGAUCAUUUAAAAAAACAUUUACAAAGUCAUAAUGGUAAUCGUGCUAAUAAAACAAAUGUCAAUACUCGACAACACAAUGAUAAUAUUCAAAAUGAUGACAUAAAUUCAGCUCAAGUUUUUGGUAAUUUUGCCAUGAUGAUGAGGCAAGCCGGUCUUCGCACUUAAUUCAUUACAUAAUUAAUAUAAUUAGCUAGUUUUUAGAUUUUAUUUUCUUAUAUAUUUGCAACAUUAUAAAGUGACUAUAAUUUUUUUUUUAUAUUAAU